AACGGAGCACAAAGAAGAAAGCGUGUCAGUUGUAGCGCGCAAAACCCUUGCAACACCUCGUCGCUCGCGCUGCACCUGCUUCGUAGACAGUACAAACACGUUGACGAUGAAUCGAUGGAAGCGCUAGUCCUGGACUAUGGAGGGCAAGGCGCUGAGGGCGCUGCUCGGGGGUGACGGUUCGGCGGGGGUGGGGUUGGCGGACACCUCCUUACUGCUAUGCCUGCACCCCGACGGGUCUCGAGUGGCGGUUGCGCGUGGCCCAGCACUCUGCGUGUGUCCCGUACUUCCCGAGCUUUACACACCUGACGCGGAACCUGCAGCAGAUGUCCAGGCGCUGCAGGAGCGCAGGGGCACACACGCUGCAGCCGGGCCGCGGAGUAGUGGCGGCGGCAGUGGUGCCGGCGGGGCCGCCGGCGCCAUCAAUACAAGCAGCGUGGGUAACGGCGAUGGCAAUGCUGGUGCGGCAGGGCGCUCGCGCCAUGCGAGUACAUCCAACUUCCUGGCUGGCGACGUCGGAGGGUCGGGCUCCGCGAGGCCGCUGCUGUUCAUGUGCCCCGCGUCGUCAGGCCCGGCAGUGGUGGGUGCGGAUGACAUCACCGCAAUGACGUGGCUGGCGUUCGCCCGGCCGCCCGGUGCGGACCGGCGCAGUGGCGGCGGGGCGCCGUCGUGUGCAGCCAGCGGUGGCGGCGCAGGCAACGCGUCUGCGUCUGCGGCUGCGGCGUACCGCAGGCGCACGGGCAGCUCCGGCAGCGGCGGCGUGUUCGCCAGCAUUCAGGCCAUGGUUGAGGACCAGGCGGAGCUGGAGCAGCAGCGCCGCCGCCAGCAGCUGCAGCAGGGCGGCGGCGGCGGCAGUCCACCGCACCCCGGCUACAGCUGCUCGGUGCUGCUGUGCGGCACGCGCGGCGGCUGCCUGCAACUCCAUGACGCGGACAGCGGCGCGGUGCUGAUGCGGCAGCAGCUGCACACCGGGCCCGUGCUCAGCAUCGCCGUGCGGACCUGGCGCAUGGGUCUGAAGCCGGAUGACGCGGUUGAGGAUGUGACGGUGGCCUGGGCGGACGCGCUGGUGCGGCUGGCGGCGUGGGAGCUGCGCACCGCAGCCGCAAGCUGCUAUGCGGCGGCGGCGGCGCGCAGUGCAAGCGGGGCCGGCAGCGCGGGGGGUGGAGCCUCCAGUUUGUCAUCAAGGUUUGGCCUGUGGGGCUCCUCGGCGCCAGCAGCACCCGCCGGCCCCGAGAUCAAGCCGCUGGCGGGUCAGAAGUGGGAGCUGCCGGCGGCACUGCGCAACCGGACCUGCGCGGUGUGCGUGGGGCAGCGCCCCCGGGACCUAUACUCUCUGUUACAGGGCAUUGGCACCUCCAACGCGACGGCCACCGGCAAGACCAUUUUCCUGGCGGGCGGCGACAAGCCCGCCUGCCUGGCGGCGCUGGAGGUGGACGAGCAGGGCGGCGGGGGUGGCGGCGGGGCGCUGUCGUACAUAAGCAGCGUGGCCAGCGGCGUGCUGGGCCUGGCACGUACUGCACGGAGCGUGGCGGCGGCGCCGCUGACCAUUGGCAGCAGCAUCGCCAGCUUCAUGCUCAACCCGCUGCAGCUCGGCACCCACGCCCACACCAACAGCACCAGCAGCAACAGCACCGCCUUGCACCACGCCUCCAGUGCUUCCUCCGUCCUCGAGCCCGCCUCCUCCUCCCUCUCCUCAGCAGCCGCAGCCCCCGCCGACCCCUCCGCAAUCCCACUGGCGUCCUUCCCGGACGGGACCGCGGGUCAGCGGCUGCCGGCCACGGGCUGCUGGCGGCAGCACCGGGAUGACGGCCGGUUGGUGGGCUGCCUGGCGCCGGCGCCCCACGGGUCGCUGGUGUCGGCGGUUGAUGGCCUGGGGCGCGUCACGCUGGUGGAGGCGGGCGGGAUGCUGGUCAGCCGGAUGUGGAAGGGCUACCGGGACGCCCAGGUGGCGUGGCUGGAGGUGCCGCUGUCCGCACUGGCGCGCCGACAGCAGCAGCAGCAGGAGCAGCAGCAGGAGGCAGAACAGCAGGCGGAGGGGCAGCACGAUGGGGGGCCGGGCGCGGAGCAGGACGCGGUAGCGGGGGCGGCCAGGCUAACGGCGGGAGGGCGGCGGCAGCAGUCCGACGGCGGCGCUGGUGAGGCCUCAGGACUGCCACCGCUCGCGGGCGCCAAUACCACGUCCAGCACGGCAGGCGGCGGCGGCUGCUCCCGGCCGCCCCGUCUCGAGCCUCAGGACAUGUUGCUGCCGCCCCGGUCCCAUCCGCCCCCUCGCCGCGGUACGGCAGGCGGGGCGGGCCCCCAGCCUGCCGCCGCACUGGGGGGCCACAGCUCCUCCUCCGUGGCUGGCGGCGGCACCGGCAGCAGUGCCGGCGCGUGCGGCACCGGUCGCGGCUUGGAGGGACAGGAGGACGAGCAGGAGCAGCAUGUGCUGCUGCUGGCGAUCUACGCGCCUCGCCGUCAGUCGCUGGAGCUGUGGUGGCCGCUGCACGGGGACCGGCUGGGCGCGGUGGCGGUGCCGCAGCGCAGUGCGCGGUUGCUGCAGCGGGGCGGCGGUGGCACAGGCGGCGGCGCGGAGCUGGGCACGUGGCGCGUGGGUGACGCGGCCAGUGCGGCUCUGCCACCCAUGACGCCGGCGGGUUGCAUGCUGUGUGUGGCGGCAGGGGCAGCGGGGCCAGCGGCAGGAAGGGGCGGGGCGCUUGGUGCAGGGGAUGAGUGGGCUGCGGGCUGGGGCGAGGGGCCAGGUGUGGCGUGGCCGGAGGCGGUGGGGCUGGAGCUUGUGGACGUUGCGAGCUUGUUUGGGCUGCGGUAGUUUGGAAACGUGGAUGUCCAUUGGAGACUUACGAGCAUAUGCGUGCUGUAACUGUCAGCAAGA